AAUCUGUUUUACCUGAGGAUUCGAAAGUUUAACGAAAAUGUGUUUUUGUAUGACUGUUUUUUUGCGUAAUAAUGAUCGAAUAGCCUUUGCAAAGUAGUAGAAGAUAUUAUUCAACAGGAUGGUGCGUGAAACCCGCCAUUUGUGGGUCGGAAACCUUCCGGAAAACAUCAGAGAAGAAGAAAUAGUCAAGCACUUCACUCGAUAUGGCCGGGUAGAAAGCGUCAAAAUCUUGCCAAAACGUAGCGCAGAAGGAGGAAGAGCAGCUUUUGUAGAUUUCGUGGAUAUUCGAAGCGCUACCAAAGCGCACGAAUCUGUGAAUCGAAUCGGUGACCGCGAAAUGCGAACUGAUUACAACGAGCCGGGCAAUGCGGGUAAUAUCUCCCGGCUGCACGGGCAUACGGACCCUCCCUCGAGACCUACGGGUAACACAGCCCCGGGAUCGCCCGCACAAAGACGGCGAUUUGAGAGAAGACCGGAGGGUAGUGGACCUGAUGGACGUUACAAUGGUCGAUCGCAAGCUUUUUACCAAGAUGAUUACAGUGAAGAUGAAACUGGAUCCUCUAGGGUUUCCGCUAAAGGAGGAGGCACUGCAAGCCGAUCAAGACCUCGUAGUAGUGGAGAUCAUCGGCGUCAACCCUAUAGUCAUGAACCUCGCCGAAAUACUCACAAGUUACCUGAAGCAUAUCGUGAUCAGGAGCCCAGUCCAGAUCGCACCAGUGGCAGUGAGAGUGGAAGUGAGAGCAGCCACAGUGGGAGUCAGUCUGCCAGUUCAAGUGGCAGUAGCAGCAGCGAGGAAGAUAGCAGGGCUGGAAGUGCACAUGGGAAUGCAGCACCACCGGCAGAAGUACCUCAGAGUACAAACAGAACAUCAGCUCUUUGUUUGAGGAAUAUUUCAUUGAGAUCUGGAGAUAGUGGUGUCCGUGAUGGUCUUUACCACGAGUUUAAAAAGCAUGGGGAUGUGACACGUAUUUCUGUAAAUGGGCAAGGAACCAGCAGAUAUGCUAUUGUACAAUUUAGAAGACCUGAAGAUGCUGAAAGAAGUCUUGAAGCUUGCCGUGGCAAGCUGUUCCUUGGUUCUGAGAUGGAUCUUCAGUAUUGGCAAACUGAGCGCUAUGAUAGCAGUGAACACUCUCGUCAUCGCGCACAUGCUAGUUCCUUGAUGGACGAAGAGUUUGAUGCUGGUUGUACUCGCACUCUGUUUGUUGGGAACAUUGAAAAGUCAACAACAUACUCUGAUCUUAAGGAAGCAUUUGAGAGAUAUGGUGAAAUUGUGGAUGUUGAUAUCAAGAAACAGACUGGAAACAAUCCUUAUGCCUUUAUUCAAUUUGUUGAGCUCAGCAGUGCCAUACAGGCACGUAGACGAAUGGACAGAGAAUUUGUCGGCAGGAAUAGAGUCAAGGUUGGUUUUGGUAAGGUGUCCCCCAUUAACACCAUCUGGGUGGGGAUGAUUGGGGAUCUAAGUGAGCAGCAGAUCGAGAGACACUUCAGUCGAUAUGGGCGUGUCACCAAGGUGGUAGUGAAUUAUCAUCGAGAGCAGGCCCUGGUGAGUUUUGACAGCGUGGAGUCUGCCAGCAUUGCUCAAGGAGAGAUGAAGGGUAGAUCUAUGUUUGGAAGGCGUGUGAAGGUUGAAUUUGUUAGUCGCGAUAGCCGACAACUUUUUAACGACGCCUUGCAGCGUUCGGCCCCGUCUGACAGCAGCAGCAGUAGCCGGAGAUAUGAACCAUCAUCCCCCAGAACACGAGGCAGAGGCAUCGGCCCUGGGUAUUAUGAUAAUCGGUGGGAUAGAGGUCGAGGAGGACGUGGGAUGAUGAGGCGCGAGAUGUCCAAUCACCGACCUUGGCAUAGAAGCGGCGGCAACUAUGACUAUCCUGAGGGCAGCGGUUACCACCAGAAAGGCCAUGCUCGUUACCGCUCGUCGUAUGAGAUGGGUGGAGACGAGUCAGAUGACUAUGAUCAGGAACUGCGGGAUUAUAACUUCAGUCGACAGAGAGAGAGAGAAAAAGAACAGGGCCGGCAGAGACAUGAGAGAGGCACACGAGACAGGGACAGGGAAGAUGGCACCUACAGUGCAAAUGAACGCUUUUAUCAAGACAAUCAAGAACGCUGGCCGGAGAACAGAAGUAGCUCGGGCUCCUACGAAGAACCACGAGAUCGUAAAGACACACGUUCGCGGGAAUUCCCGGUCGAACCUGACCGAGAAAGAGCUGGGUAUAGUGAAGAUGAUGAGCGGGCCGCCGUGCACAGUAAGCCGUCAAGUCGUGACAUUGAGCAGGAAGAAAAGCGACCGAAAAGGAAGGAUAAAAAGAGAAGGAAACCUCGCUCGCCUACUCCUGAAACGGUGGAUGGAGAGAAAGAAACUGUAAGUGGAGGUGAGGGGUCUGCGGAGAAGCGAGGUCUCGAGGAGAAGGAGCCGAGGAAAGGAAGUAGGGACGGUGAUACCGCGACUGCUGUACAAAAGGGUAAAGAGGGGACGCGGGACGAUGUCUGGGACGAGCGACGGGUGGACGGUAAUGGUACCAGGGCUUUAGAAACACUUGUUAAAGACGGCGAGAGGGAACUUGCUCCAGCAUCUCCUCCGCCUGAAAAGGGCGUCAGAAAAAAGGAGAAAAGGGAUGUAAAGAAAAGAAGGAAACACAGGCGUUUUCGAGCUUCGCUGGGCGAAGAAGAGGAAGAGCGAGAGCUGCAGGAAGAAACUGCGCUCACCGAGGAUGCAGCUGGUAAGGAGGCCUCUGAUGUGGCGGUGUCUGUCAAUAAACCAAGAGACAGUGUUGCUGCUGACUUGCACACACCUGAAAUCAGGGAUGGCCAUGUUCCUGAAAGUAAGAGGUUUGGUCAACCCGAAUUUGAAAGUAAGAAACCUGUUCGAAGGCAUUCUGCGGAGGACAGGCCGUCUAGGGAAGAAAGGGAAUUUCCACGCGAAUCUGGGAGCCGCUCACCUCGGAAGUCGCACAGAGACGAGCGAAGGCGUGACUGGGAGAAGACGGAUGGUGUGAGACAAAAACGACGACGGAUGUCGGACGGUGAAUCGCCACCACCUCCCCCUCCACCCCCACCUCCGCCCCGAGAGGUUUCAGAAGGCUACCCACCCACCGAAAUGUUAACAAGAGUAGGCCCAUCUCCAGACGGGCUUCCCGCACAGGUGUCAUCAUAUGACAUAGCUACAGCACCGCCAGUACAUUAUGAUGGAACUCGGUCGGUGCCCUUGGGAUCUUCCCCUGCUACUCUUAGUCCCAUUCCCCCUCCUGGUAUACCGCUGAACCCAGCGGUCGCGGCCCCAGCGAACGUUUCCACACCUCCAUUAACAGUGCACUCUCCCGGGUUACCUAUUGGGGUACCUGUGGCACCAGAUUUGGGAUCUCCCCAAGGGCUACCCCCUCCUCCCCCACCACACUCUGACUACAAUCUUUCGUCAGCUGUCCCACAGCCGUCGAACACGGACACGUUGUUAGACCUAUUGCGGCGGUAUCCAGUCGUCUGGCAGGGGCUACUGGCUCUGAAAAACGACUCUGCAGCCGUGCAAAUGCAUUAUCUGGCCGGUAACGGUCGCUUGGCGGAGGUAUCCUUACCACAGGCACCUACCAAUGGGGUAGGAGGUGUCCCUCCUCCAAUUCGAAUCGCUCAGCGUAUGAAGUUGGAACCGUCACAGUUGGAAGGUGUCAUAAGGAGGAUGCAGUCGGACAAAGAUCACUGUCUUCUGUUGGCGCUGCCUUGUGGCCGAGAUCCUUUGGAUGUCCACGCCCAAACACGCGCGCUGAAGAGUGGUUUUAUCAACUAUUUGCAACAAAAACAAGCGGCAGGGAUCAUAAAUGUAGCACGACCAGGCAGCUCUCAGCCUAGCUAUGUUCUUCACAUUUUCCCGCCGUGCGAUUUCGCCCAGGAGCACUUGGCUCGAGUUUCUCCAGACCUCUUGGACAGCGCUGCCGACAGUGGGCACUUAAUGGUUGUGGUAGCCUCUGUAUAGAAAUAAUGGAUGACAUUUGAGCGAGAUAGCUCGUUGAACUGGAAUAUACCCCCUCUACUGUGUGGAAGAGAACUGCCACUGGGAAAAACAUAACAUUCGGGGCUCUGAUGUGAUUGGAUCCCUAAAACUACGGCAACCUCGCUACUUCUUACUACCGAGUAGAUGGGUAUUUCUGGAACCGUAAAGGAGUUAUUGACCGAAGAGACAUGGUAUCUCUGGUCUGAUUGGCCAGAGCAAAGACUCUGAAGUUACAAACAGCGCUGUGCGUUCAGUAGAAGAAACAUUGACGUUUCUGUCAUAUCUGAGACUCCUCAGGUUGACGCCCCGUAAAAGAGGCGGGAAAUUUUGCAGUCCAAUCUUUCAUCCGAUCACAUAAUUGUUUCCAAUUAGAGGAAAAAGUUAAUGCAACUGUCACAAUUGUAGUGAAAUUUAGAGUAUUAGUAUUUUCUUAGUCUUGUAAAUUUGCCUUAAGUAGGUUUUUUUAAUUUAUAUAAAUAGCUUUUUGUGAUACGAGUGCCGUAGCAAAUGUAUCCUGGAGUAAAUUCGUUUUUCAAGACAGGAUUCAACAAGGUUUAAGCAGGUGUUUCCACAACGUUGUCAAUAAGCGGUUGCCGGUGGUGUGAUAAUCGGCUGUGCCUGUCGAAGAGGGUGUAAGGCAAAACCUUGUCAUGACAGCCUUCCCGCUGGUGAAAUAGGCGGCAACAGGGGGUCUUAUGGUCAGCGGCAGACCGCCGGUAACCGGCUGUCAUUGAAACCCCCUAGCGACGGUGUCUUCCUUGAAGAGUGUAAUUGUUUAUAAAAGUAUACCUUGCGAGAGUUAGGUGGAAGUUAUAGCGAUAUGUUUCUUGUAGACGUUAAAAUAAUAGCUAGAUUCCUGUUUGUGUUAGAUUUCUGUCCUCCCAUACUUGACUGGAGAGUAGAAUAGUAUUGCAGCAUGAAUAACAAUGUGUCCUCUUUUGUUUUCCUCUGUGUUUUAUAUGUAUAUUUGUCUUUAUGGAUGUUUAUCUCAGUGUGUGGUGUUUUUUUGUCGUUGUUCUUUGAUUGUUUUUGUUCGUUUUUUUGUUUUUUUACAUUUUUUAAUUUUUCUCUUAGGAGUUUUGUCUUAUGAAUCGGUUAUUUAUAAAGUGUUCAGUGGUUAACCUUUUACACCCUAAGAUCAGUAUGCGUAUUCUCCAUACUGCUCUCUAUACAUUUCUUUAGAAGUUGAAAAGGAGAAUUUGGUUGAAAAUCAAAAGCUUCUUUCGUUUCUGAUCAUUUCCUUAAUUCUUGUAGCCUUAAUGUUUGAUUCAGAGGUGAUAAUAUAAGAAGAACUAAAUGCUGGUUACUCUAUGGGGUUAAAGGGUUGACUACCAUACAUUACUAACACAACCCUUCAGAAAAAGAUUGAAUCCUGCACAGCAGCCUUCCCCCCAAAAAAUAUUAUUUUGAAGUACACAAAUCGAGAACUCGUGAAACCGGAUUGGCAAGCUUUAAAAAUUUUAAUGUUGCCACAAAGGAUUAUUUUCUCUGUAUAUGAGCAAGUGCAAAGCUUGUUCAAAUUUUUCUGGAUUGAUGAGUGGCAAUUUUAAAUGAACUAAUUUUAAGUGUAGAUGUGUAAAGCAGGGCUCAGUUCCUAGUAACUAUGUCGUUUUAAAUAGAACUGAGCUAGUCGAUCUUGAAGGUAUAUUUUAAAUUAUUGAA